CUAUAUAAAUACAUUUGAUUUGAUUUGAUGAGUGACAGAACACUGAGCCAAUCACGGCGCAAGGCUCCAUAUUUUCUGCUGCUUUGCCCCACCACCACACAAAGCACUGAGGCAGGCUGAAACACAUGCAUUUUGGAGAUGCCAUACUCAAGAAAACAAAAAAAGAGACCAUGUUUGUAUGUGGUUUUAUGAACUCAAUUAUAUAUAUAUAUAUUAUUUUCACAUUGUUUGCAAACUGAUAUGUGACACGUAUUAAUGCCAAAAUAACAUGUAAAACAGGCAAGCCUUAUUUUUGCUAAAACUGUGUUUUAGCAAAAGAACAGGGUGCUCAGAACAGGGUGGCCCCACCUGCCGGGAAAAUAUGGGUCGCAACUGAGCAAAUAAAAAGCAAUUGGGUCGGGUCUGCUGGCUAGCCUACUUGUUGCUUUGUCAUAAACAACCAUAAUACUAAAUAUUGCUUACUUGGGGGAACUGUUUUUAUUUACAUCAGGAUGACUAGACAAACGAUCAGUCUUGGCACUCGAGUAUGAGUCAGGUUGUUAAUAACGUUUAGGAACACGGGACUAAACGUCAACCCUCUCCACUUAACUACAGAAAUAGGACGACGUGCAAGUUUUCCAUCUGUACGCGUGGUUUCUAGCGGAACAUCUGCUUAUUAUUAAGACGUGUUACGGUAUACUCCAUUUGAGAUCGCCUAUCCCGAUGGUGAAGUCUAUUUUACAGCGUCCCAUCAAACGAUUCGAGAUGUCUGGAUGGUUCUUUAUUCUGUUCAUCGCUGCACUCAGAGACAUUGAUGCCUUCGAAGUACAGGCGCCCCAGCCCAGAGUGGUAGCCGUCUAUAACCAACCGGCUGUUUUGGGCUGUGUGUUCCCCCCUAGCCUUGACCUAGGUUCCCCCCUGGAAGAGGGUCUCGUGGUGACAUGGCAGAGGGUAGAAGAUUUGCGGGUGGUCCACAGUUUCUACUACGGAACAGACCAACUGGCGCGCCAGAGCGGGGAGUAUCACAACCGCACUGGACUGUUCCAUUCCCAGCUCUCUAGGGGAAACGCAUCCCUCAGGUUGGAGAGUGUAGGUCCAGGGGAUCAGGGAAGAUAUCUCUGUUCGGUUAAUAACAUGAAGGGGACAGGAAAGGCUGAGGUCCAGCUCAAAUACGCAGGUAGGUUCUCUUUUCUUCUCCCUUCUCUAUUCCUCCUACUUCUCCUGAUGUAUUUUGUUCAAUUAUCUUUCCUCAUUUAGGUGUCGCCCAUCUUCCCCAUUCCCCGUUCUCUGUUUGUGUGUUGCCAGUUCGUCUUGUCUUGUCAGGUCUUACCAGCGUGUUUUCCCGUCUCCCUGCUUUCUCAUUUCUGUUUCAUAGUUUCCCCGGUUCUGACCAUUCUGCCUGCUCUGACCCCGAGCCUUCCUGGCAUUCUGUACCUGCCUGACUCUGACCUGUUUCUGAACCUCUGCCUUCCCUUUGACCUGUCUUUUGCCUGCCCCUGUUUGGGUCAAUAAACAUCUGUCUGCAUCUGUCCCUUAUCCUGAGUUCUUGUAGUACGAACUGGCCAUGACUGACCCAGCAGACUCAGACCAGCUCC